AAAAUGUUAAAUUUGACACUUUUCUUCUUGAUCCUGGGACUUUCCUUCAUCUUCUGCAGUUUGACUGAUCCUAGGUGCUUUGUGAGAAAAAAAGACACGGAAACGUGGAUUGGAGAUAAAGAUAUUGAUUGCUUUUUUUAUAUUUAUGCAAAGCAUGGUCACAUGAAGAAUGAAGAUUUCAAUAGGAAUCUAGAUAAGAAAUUGACAACCAAGAAUAUUCAUUUGAUUUUCUGUCUUUAUUUUGCUCUUGAAGAUAUCAAUAAGGAUCCAUAUAUUCUGCCCAAUAUUUCUCUACUAGUUAAAAUCGAAUGCAACCUAAUGGAUGAUUGGAGGAAUUAUAGUCUAUUCAAAAAAAUAGGGGAAUUUCUUCCUAACUACUACUGUAUUAAUCAGAGAAGAUAUUUAAUUGUACUUACAGGACCAAUAUGGCUAGCAUCUGUUAUGCUUGGACCACUUCUGUACAUGACCAACAGACCGGAGCUUUACUAUGGUCCAUUUCAUCCUCUUCUGAGCAGUCACGAGCAGUUUCCACAUCUAUACCAGAUGACUUCUAAGGAUACAUCACUGGCUUUGGCCAUGGUAUCUUUGGUGAUCUAUUUCAGCUGGAACUGGGUGGGAGUGAUCAUUUCAGAUGAUGAUCUAGGACUUGAAUUUCUCCUGGAAUUGAGAAAAGAGAUGCAAAGAAUCAGUGCAUGCUUAGCUUUUGUGCACAUUAUUGUGGAUGACAAAAUAUUAUUCCAGAAAAGUGCAAACAUCUAUUAUAAUGAGAUCGCAAUGUCAUCAGCAAAGGUUGUUAUCAUUUAUGGAGAUAAAGAUUCUCAUCUUCAACUCAACCUUAGGCUUUACAGAUUAGUAGGCCUUCGGAGAAUCUGGGUUACUACCUCACAGUGGGAUAUGGUUACACAUAAUAAGAGAUUCCUUCUUGAUUCCUUUUAUGGGACUUUCACAUUUUUAAAUCACCAUUCUGAAUUAUCAGGUUUUAAAACAUUUAUCAGGACAGCAAACCCUUCCAAGUACACAAAUUUCAUUUCCCUUUCUACAUUAUCUUGGAUACAUUUAAAUUGCUCAUUGUCAUCAUUGAGUUGUGAGAAUAUGAAGAAUUGUUCAAUGGAAACUCGAUUUCAUUGGUUAUUCAAACACCAUUAUGACUUGUCUGUGGGUGGCACAGGUUAUGUCCUUUACAAUACUGUGCAUGCUGUGGCACAUGCACUCCACGAGGUGUUGUUGCAAGAAGUAAAUACAUGGCCAAAGAAUUCUGGGAAAAGCCUGGAAUAUGACUCUUGGAAGAUACUACAUUUCCUGAAGAACUUGCAAUUUAUAAACCCUGUUGGAGACAAAGUAAACAUGAAUCAGAAAGAAAGCCAGGAUGUGGAAUAUGACAUUCACUACACUAUGGAGUUUUUGCAAAAUCUUGGACUCAGGGUGAAAAUAGGAAAGUUUUCCAAACAUUUGCCACAUGGCCAACAAUUGUAUAUGUCUGAAGAGAUGCUAGAGUUGAACAUAAACCUCAGGCAGAUUCCACCUUCAAUAUGCAAUGUGCCUUGCAGUCCAGGAUUCAGAAAAUCCCCUCAGCCAGGGAAGGCAGUCUGCUGUUUUGAUUGUACUCCUUGCCCAGAGAAUGAAAUUUCCAAUAUGACAGACAUGAAUCACUGCAUAAAAUGCUCAGAUGAUCAGUAUGCCAACCCUGGAGGAAAUCACUGUCUCAAAAAAGUUGUGACAUUCCUGAGCUAUGAAGACCCUAUGGGAAUAUCUCUAGCCUGCUUGGCUUUGUGCUUCUCUGUUCUCACAGCUAUUGUACUUGUUGUCUUUUUGAAGCACAAGGACACUCCCACAGUCAAGGCCAAUAACCGGGUUCUCAGCUAUGGUCUACUCAUCUCACUCAUCUUAUGCUUUCUCUGUUCCUUAUUCUUCAUUGGUCGUCCCAAUAAAAUCACAUGCAUCAUGCAGCCAACCAUAUUUGCAGUAGUAUUCACUGUGGCUACUUCUACUGUUUUGGCCAAGACAGUUACAGUAGUACUGGCCUUCAAGGUUACUACCCCAGGCAGAAUGAUGAGGAGGUUGUUGGUGUCAGGGGCACCUAAAUUUAUCAUUCCAAUUUGCACCAUGAUUCAACUGAUUCUAUGUGGGAUCUGGCUGGGAAUUUCUCCUCCAUUUGUUGAGGCUGAUGUGUUCGUUGAAAAAGGACACAUUUUGAUCAUCUGUAACAAAGGAUCAAUUAUAUUCUUCUAUUGUGUUUUGGGGUACUUGGGAUGCAUUGCCAUGGGAAGUUUUACUGUAGCUUUCCUUGCCAGAAAUCUACCUGACACAUUCAAUGAAGCAAAGUUCCUCACAUUCAGCAUGCUGGUGUUCUGCAGUGUUUGGAUCACCUUCCUUCCUGUCUACCACAGCACCAAGGGGAAGGCAAUGGUGGCUGUGGAGGUCUUCUGUAUCUUGGCCUCCAGUGCAGGGCUACUUCUUUGCAUUUUUGUCCCAAAGUGCUUCAUUAUUUUGUUAAGACCCAAAAGAAAUUCCUGUCAACAGUUCAGGAAUAUGUAUUUUAAGAUGGAAAGUGCUCACUAA